CUGCGCAUGACACAUCUCGAGAAUCAGUUGUUUAGCAGCAGCGGCAGCGGAUGCUACAGAUUCGGCUUCGGUUCGAGCCUGAAACCGAGAUUUAUUACUGCAGUCGGCGUUUAUGUGACAAACAAAAGGUGACUUUGUCUUUGUAUGGAAUGACAACCUCGCAGAGAUAUAUUGACUCCAAGCCAGCGGCUCGGUUUGCUGACAUGGAGUGGCAGACACCAGCUGUGUCAGAGAAGUUCCAAAGUCGCUUUGGCCGCCGGCCGGGAACAUCGGACAGUGGGGACACUGGCCUUGGCACCUCAGCAUCUGACAGCGCAGAAGAUUUCUGCAGCUCCAGCAGCAGCCCGUCUUUCCAGCCCAUCCGCAGUCAGAUACCCAUACCCACUGCACAUGUCAUGCCAUCCACGGCCGGUUCCCCGGCCUCCAAGCCCCAGCCGUGCGUCCAGGAGGACUCCCUGUCCUCAGCUGUGGGUCACAGGUCUUCCUCUGGCUCAAGAACCCCAAGCGGCUCCACGUCAAAGUCUUCCUCUCUAUCUAAAUCGGCAUCUUCCCCCAACUUGGAUGCUCAGGCCGGCGUGGGGAGCGAUCCUGCGGGAGCCAAGCCAGACUGCCUGAGCCGCUACCGCAGCCUCGUCAAUGGGCUGGACCACUCGCUUUUCCCUACAGAUCACACACGGAUGGAGGAUGGCCAGAGGUUUGACACCCCUGCGGUGGAGCCCACACUAAAUCAGUCAGCCCUGUUGGGGGGGCUAUGCCCUGAUGUCAGACUCCGGUUACAGACGACCGGGAUUAGAGACAUCCCAGACUGUGUGUCUGAGGCCUACAGAGCGAGUAUGGAGCACAGCUAUAAGGUUCUGCCUGAAGCCAGGCCCGGCAUUCCUGGCACAUCCGAAGCCUCUAAUCAGAGGGGAGGUCAGCCUGGCGCAGUCGGAUCUGCUGGAGUUUACGGGAGCCCUCUCAGCCUGCAGACGCAGGCUCUGCUGAGGGAGCAUGCAGGCUCCAAGGGUUAUGAGCCACUGCGGCAGGACAGAUGUAGUGAACUUUCCAGCUGGCAGCAACAACAGCAAAAUAAGCAGCAACUGGACAGUUUACGCCUGCAACUGGAACAAAUGCAGUUAAUGAGUGGAGGAAUGGGGCAGUACUCAUCUCUAUACUCGACACCCGUUCACUCAGACUCUGGCAAGUGGGACGCUCUGGUCAAAGCCAGCGAGAGUCUGCUAAAGGAGAAGGAGCUCAUCAUUGAGAGACAAAAGCAGCAUAUGACACAGCUGGAGCAGCGUCUGAGGGAAAGUGAGCUGCAGGUUCACGGAGCCCUCCUGGGCCGAGGGGCGUCUUACGGGGACAUGUGCAUGCUGCGUCUCCAGGAGGCUCAGAGGGAGAACGCGUUCCUGAGGGCACAGUUCACCGAGCGCACCGACUGUGCUGCCCUGGAGAAGGCGGAGGCGGAGCACAGGCUGGGAGCCGUCGAGGCCGAGACGCGCCGACUGACUGAUAGUCUGAAGGAAACGUGCGAGAGACACGCAGAGGAGAUGAAGAAACAGGAAGAGAGGAUUCGCAGUCGGGACAAGCACAUCAACAACCUGAAGAAGAAGUGUCAGAAGGAGGCAGAGCUGAAGAGGGAGAACCAGCAGCGCAUCGAGACUCUGGAGCGCUAUCUAGCCGACCUGCCGACCCUGGAGGACUACCAGAACCAGAACAAGCAGCUCCUGGAGGCGGAACAGCAGACGGCUCGGCUAGAAGAGAAAGUGAGAGAGCUGGAGGCCUGUCUGGAGACGACGCACUCGCAACUACGGGAAAAAGACACGCAGCUGGAGGAGCAGAAACGCAGGGAGAGAGACCUGCUGACCACCAUCACUGAUAUGCAGCAGCGGGUGCAGCAGGGCCUCGAGGACGGAGCCAGGCUUCCUUCACUGGAUGUAGAGAAGCUGAGAGGAGAGAACAACUCUCUGAGAGAGGAACAGCAGAGGCUCAAAAAGGUUAUUGAGAAGCAACAUCGAAUGAUGGAACAGCUUGGCUCCCAGAUCCAGACUUUGGAGGAGCAGAUAUCUCAGGAAGAGAGCAGCUCUCAGGCUCUUAGGGAGGAGGUGUUGGCCAAAGAGCAGAAUGUGUUGGAACUCCACACAGCCAUGAAGGAGCUGUCGGCACAGAACCAGGACCUGAUGGAGCAGAAUCUCACGCUGCAGGAGCAGAUGAACGAUCCAGAGCGGAGGAGCUCCAACCAGGCCUCCUCCGUCCUGCAGCCGGCCGGGGCUCGGCUCACGCAAAGACUUCAUCUGGAGAUCGCUUCCUGCCUCAGCGACCUGCGCUCCCUGUGCAGCAUUCUGACCCAGCGAGCCCAGGGACAAGAUCCCAACCUGUCCCUGCUGCUCGGCCUCACUUCGCCUCCGACGGUUACGGAGCAGGACGAGGACUGGAUGAAUCCUGAGGUGCUGCAGAAGAAGCUGGUCGAAGCGCAGCAGCUCCGCCGCGACGUCGAGGAGCUACGCAACGUCAUACUGGACCGCUAUGCACAGGACAUGGGAGAGAACUGCAUAACUCAAUAACCUUGACAUCCAGGCGAUGGAGGCGAAUCUCAGCAGUCCCCCCUUCACCUCCGAGACAUCGACCAGGCUCCUCUUUCACGCCUAGUUACUGAACGUCAGAAAGAGGACUUGAUUUUCAUUCUCUUUGAAAUGAGGACAGAGGAAAGCCCAAAUGGUUUAGGUCCUACUUCUCUCGACUGACUGAACGUUGAGUCUCAAGCCUGUAGCUCAGACCCCACCCACCCCCCCGGUGAGUUCAUCUAUUUCAGUCCAAGGGCUAACAGAAAAUAACUUACCUCUAAUACUUGAUCCUUGAGCAUUGCGCUUGUGUGUUUUUAAUAAUAAUAAUGAUGCUGUCAGUUACCAAACAGUCUUAUACUUUUAGUUCCACUCUUGUGGCUAACUCUGUGUAGAAGUCCCACAGUUGUAAUUUAUUGAAAUCUUAAUUUCCUCCUUUAGGGAAAUUAUCCAAGAAGUGGUUGACAAUCAACUGAAAUUAUUUUAACCUGUGCUUUUAACUGAGUUCGCAAGGAAAUGUUACUACUGCGCCAUUAUUUAAAAUGGUGAACACUGUAAUGUUAGACUCUGCUGCGAGGUAUGAGACGUAUCAACUGAAGGGUUCAAAACCAAAUCAGCCUCUCGCACCAACAGGCCUACCAACCGUUUUAAUACCAAAGAAACUCCAGUCGAAAGCAGUUGUGCAAAGUCUGCGAUUGUUUGCGAGCGCUCCUCUCUGCUGCAGGGCCUUCCUCCGAGUGAACACCGACAUGUGCCUUUCUGUCACGUUUGCAACUACAAUGCUAAUAAUUCAGUUUCAGACCAACCACAAAGGGCUGUUUGCAGCUGACUCUUCCAGUACGUCCUUUUUUUCUCUGUGAAUCAACCAGUAGAAUAGUCCAUACAUUCCCUGACACUGAAUGUAGUAGAAGACUUUGGCCCCGUCACUUUUUUUUUCUUUUCCUCGGUAGACGAUUGAAGUCGAAUAAAAACUCGUAAAUCUGGGUGCUCUGUGUAGAAUUAGACGAGUAACGUCGCCGCAUACUGUACAUUUCAGGUUGAUAAUGGCCGACUAGCAUUCGACAGAGUGUUGAACUGUUUGAUGAAUACGUGACUGAGUAUUACAGUAUUAAUCUUCAGUAUUAUUUAUUGUUUUGUUUGCUUUGACAACUCAGUGUGAAAGCGUUCUGGGUCCUUCCUGUUGUGUUGCUGUAAUAAUGUGCUAACUUUGCAUCCGCAGUGUGUAAAGGUCCCAUGAAGUGUUCUUAAAGAUUGUAACUCUCGUCUGUGGUUUGAUGUGUCCCAUUAUAAAUAGGACGUUGGAGCAGGGCAGACUUUCUUCAGGUGUUUAGAGGGGUUGGCUGGAUCACCCCCCCGAAAUCACAUUGUUCUCGUUUUAUAUUUGCCCUAAGUGCUGGAUAAGCCAUUUCAAAGAGACUUGACAGGAUAAAGAGGGAUUUUAACGUGAAAAAUAUGCAACAAAAUCACACGAGCCAGGGACACACAAGCCAUUUUUUAUUUCAUUUCAUGGGACCUUUAAACUUCAGUAGCACAAGGUUUAACUUUAGAAAGUCAGGCUCCGCAUGCCUUAACAUCUCAAAUGUUUUUGCAAAAGGGAAAAAAGACGUUUAUAUUUUCAUACUUUUGUCCUUGUUUGUAUUUGCGUAUUUUAGAAAUAAAGAUUUUCAACAUUUGGUUUUAA